CUUUCUUAAUCUUUCAUCACUUCAUAAUUAAUUCCUCAUCGCUAUAAUGGAUGCGGAAGAUCAUAAUCAUGCUUUGGAUUUGCCUCCCGGUUUCAGGUUCCACCCUACAGAUGAGGAGAUCAUCUCUUAUUAUCUCACUCACAAGGUUUUGAACACAAGUUUCACCGCAACUGCCAUUGGAGAAGUUGAUCUCAAUAAGUGUGAGCCUUGGGACUUGCCUCAGAAAGCAAAGAUGGGGGAGAAAGAUUGGUACUUCUUCUGGCAAAGAGAUAAAAAGUACCCAACUGGGAUCAGAACGAAUCGAGCCACGGAAUCCGGCUACUGGAAGGCCACAGGAAAAGACAAAGAGAUUUACAAAGGGAGAAACCUUGUUGGUAUGAAGAAAACCCUUGUGUUCUAUAGAGGUAGAGCCCCUCAUGGACACAAAACCAAUUGGGUUAUGCAUGAAUUCAGAUUGGAAGGCCUUUUUGCUACUUACAACCUCCCUAAACCUGCUAAGGAGGAAUGGGUUGUGUCGAGGGUUUUCCAUAAGAAUACAACAGAAAAAUUGAACCCAACUAUUCCAUCUGGCCUCUUUAGGAUAAUGAAGAACGUGAACUCAAUUGAGGAUGAUGAUCUUGUAGAUUUUUCUUCUCUCCCACCUCUCAUGGAUCCUUCUAAUAAUUAUGAUGAUGAACACACCACCACCACCAACAAUAUGUUUGCAUCAUCAUCAGAUUAUAAUAUUACUAUUCAGCAAAACAAGAAGGAUAUGAUGGGAAUAAGGAAUAAUAAUAUUAGAGCAUUAUUAAUGUAUGACGGUCCAUCAUCAUCAUCAGAAGUAGUUGCUCCUCCUCUCUCUGACUUGGAAUUAUGCCUCUGGGAUUUAUAACUUCUUACCAAGAUUAUUAUGACAAGACACAGACAUAUUUAAUCAUAUAUAUUUAUAAGGUGAAAAUUCACGUACAGUUUAUUUUUAUGUAAAGUUGAUAGUAAAAAAUCGUCAGAUGAUAAUUUAGUCAAACUUAUUAAAUUAUUUGACGAUUUUUAAAUAUCAACUUCACGUAAAAAUAACUGCAUGCAAAUUUUUACUUGUUUAUAAUUUAAUUUAGGAUUGACUGGGUUACAUACCAUAUUUUCCUUCUUCCAUAACAGCAUGAUAUAUAUUAUAGUUCAUGGAUGGAUAUAUCUAUGUAUAGAUAAUCUUCCAUAGAUUUUAUUUGUCAGAAGAGUUUUAGGAUUUUCUCAUAGAAGACAGCUAGUGUGGCUAUUGUAUGCAUGUACAUUAUUCUUUUGAUAUGUAAGUGUGUUUUUGUUUUA